UCAACAGUCACCCAGGUUAACGAUUCUCCCCUACCUCUCUCAUACACAGCAAGAUGCCUCGUUCUAAGCGCGCCAGAGUCGUCCACGAGACCAAGACGGCCAAGAAGUCCCACAAGGAGCAGACCCGUCGACUGUACGGCAAUAUCCGAGAAUGUGUCGAGUCCUACGAGCACCUCUUUGUCUUUUCGGUCGAUAAUAUGCGCAAUACUUAUUUGAAGGAUGUGCGGGCGGAAUUCGCGGAUAGCCGCCUCUUCUUCGGCAAGACCAAGGUCAUGGCCGUCGCCCUGGGUCACACGCCCGAGUCCGAGGCCGCCCCCAACCUGCACAAGAUCGCUCCGCUGCUGGCCGGCGCCGUCGGCCUGCUCUUCACCAACCGCGACCCGGCCACCGUCACCGAGUACUUCGACAACUUCCGCCCUCAGGACUUUGCGCGCGCCGGCUCCGUCGCCACCCGCGACUUUGCCAUCCCCAAUGGCCUCGUCUACUCCCGCGCCGGCGAGGUCCCCGUCACGGACGACCAGCCCAUCAGCCACACCAUCGAGCCUGAGCUGCGGCGGUUGGGCGUCCCCACCCGGUUGGUCCAGGGGAAGGUCAUGCUGCAGCUGACGGGUGACCAGGAGGCGGAGGGGUUCGCCGUCUGUCGGGAGGGCGAGGAGCUCGAUUCGCGGCAGACGACCCUGUUGAAGAUGUUUGGCGUCACCUCGUCCGAGUUCCACGUCGCCCUCAAGGCCCACUGGACGAGGGAGACGGGUGAGGUGGAGGUCUUGGAGGAGAAGGCUGGGAUGGAGGUGGAUGGGCAAUGAUUUAUCUUCUUUUUUCCCUUUCUUUUACCCCCCUUUUGGAUCUCUCUCUCUCUUUUUGUGAUAUCUUUCUGCUCCCCCGUAUCAAAAAGUACCCUCGAUUGUGGCUGCUGGGCAUGGAGUUGGGUGUUGGCUUUUGUUUUACAGAUCUCGAGUAUUCCGUCGAUUACGAGACCUACAGACUAGACCUACGUGGACAGCUACUCAAGCCUUCUUGUUCACGCAUCUGAUAUACAUACGAAGAACCUGGUCCGGUCAUUGCGUUGGAAACCUUACCUGAUCUCCUUACCUGCGCGCCGGGUCUCCCGGCCAGGACAACGUCUUGACUACCUAACGUACAUACUUACCCUGUAAAGCCAAGGUGGCCAGGGAUCAUAAC